CUGCACAUAUCCUGGAAAAUGGUACUGCACACGAUGGUGACUUCAUGGAUGCUUCAUUUACAUCUAACAGCACCUGCAGUAGCUGGUGUUCCAGUUAGUAUCAUAUUGAUCCUCAAGUUGUUGUUUGGUUUCAGAUUCUUCAGAGACGAAGCACUUUACCAAUCCAGGUUGUUUCUUUUUCGAUUAGGUCAAAUAGCUUUCAACACUGAACAUCAAGCUUCCAACGUAGCAAGAAUCGAACGUGCUUUAAGGUUAAUCUUUCCAGGACAUGCUACUGUAACCGGUUCUAAUUCAACUCGGGAGUUGCAGAAUCAACAGGAGGAAAUGUUUUACUCGCUUUCAAUGAUGGCUCUUUGAUCGUGUGAUUAUCACUUGCUUUGCUUACU